AGAAAUCGACCGGAAGCGCAUCUAAACGUCACCGGUCACUCAUUUUUGAUUCGAAAUUUUUGUUAAAAUUAUUUUUGUCAUUUACUUUAUUAUUUCAUUCUAGAGUUUCCAUAAUUUAUAAGCCCGCUGUGUUGUUUAUAGUUCUGUUAUAAAACCAUUUUUUAGAACCACAAAUAUGUCUGGUGAACCAGAGGUAGCUCGCACUCCUGAAGAGGAGGAGGCAGAAGAUGAAAUCAAAUCCUCGUACAAGCCACCCCCAGAGAAGACCAUUGAAGAGAUCUUAGCAGCAGAUCAGGAAGAUGAAUCACUGAGAAAGUACAAAGAGGCAUUGUUGGGACAGGCUCAAAUGGGAGCAGUUAUUGUUGAGCCCAAUGAUCCUCGGAAGGUGAUAGUAAAGAAGCUGGCACUCUGUGUCACUGACCGGGAUGAUGUAGAGCUGGACCUAACAGGAGAUUUGAGUGAACUAAAGAAACAAACGUUUGUGAUAAAGGAGGGCGUGCAGUACCGGAUACGGAUCGACUUCAUCGUGCAACGCGAGAUUGUGCACGGCCUCAAGUACGUGCAGAAGACCUACCGGCUUGGAGUUCCAGUGGACAAAAUGACGCACAUGGUUGGGUCUUAUCCCCCUAAGACUGAAAUCCAGUCAUACACAACACCACCCGAAGAUGCACCGUCGGGAAUGAUGGCCCGAGGAUCAUACACAGUGAACAGCCUGUUCACUGAUGAUGAUAAAAAUGUUCAUCUGCAGUGGGAGUGGACCUUUGAAAUCAAGAAGGAUUGGAAAGAUUAAGAAGCUGAAUUUGGUUGGAUUGGAUGCACCUGGUUACCAUUACCUUGUGCCAUAUUACACACUGUCUGUUGUAUGAUUUGAUUUGAGGAUGAAUCUAAAAUUAACAAAAAAAAACAUUUAGUUGUUGACAAAUUUCAUUCAAUUUUGUAACAAUUUAUAAUUAGAAAUGGUUUAAAGAAUGUAGCUAGUGAAAUUACUGGGCAAAUGAGACUUAACAUCUUAUGUCUCAAGGUGACGAGCGCAAUAGUACUGCCACUCAGAAUUUUUGGGUUUUUCAAGAGCCCUGAGCGGCACUGCAUUGUAAUGGGUGGUAUCAAUUACCAUCAGCUGGACUUCCCGCUCGUCUCGUCCCUUGUUUUUAUAAGAAAAACGAAACCAAACAUAUCUCAGAGAAGUCAGAGAUUUGAAAAAUGUUGACCAUUUUAUAAGAUCAUCGCUAUAAUCUCUCAAAAGUCAAUCAUAAUCCUCAAAUUUGUAUCAAAUCACUAAAAUUAACGCACAUUAUUUGUCAUCCAAUCCAUUCAAUCUAACGGACUGAGUGGUAAGUCAUGAGGCACAUACAAUCUUGUUGCAACAUUGACAGCUGAAAAACUACUCGGGCAAUGCAUUUUAUAGUAUAGUAACAGAGGGUGUUAUAAAAAUACUUAAUAAUGUUUUAAUGACUAUAAGACUAUAAGAAAUUAACAUUAAAGUUUUGAAAUCUGACCUUUAAAAAUGUAAUUUUAAUGAAAAAAUUACUAAUUGUGAUCAAUUGUAAAAUAUUUUGUAACUAAUACAUAAGGAUUCAAGACUUAUUUGAUUGUCUCUUUUGUAUUUCGGAACAAUCAUAGUUCAAAGGAAUGCAGAUGUGACAUGAAUGUAUUAUAAUUAAACCAAUUUAAAGUUAUAACGCCCGGUUUAUAUAUACCAGGGCUGCUGCUCUAUGAUAAAAUUAUAUGUAUAAUGCUUACACCCUGUUGCUUUCUAAAUGUAUAAUAAUUUUUAAAACAGAAUUAUUAAAUAUAGUUUAUCACAAUAAUCUUAAUUUUGUCACUGUAGUUAAUUUACCUGUAGAGUAAGAUAAAAUACAUAACUUUUUAAAUGAUUUGUGGUCGUAAUAGUCAGUAGAUGAUAGAUUUAUUUAGAAGUUUCAAAUGGUUUCCUCCAAACUAAUUAUGCAACUUCCAUAAACUGAUCUAUAUUUUUUAGAAACAUAAAUAUUAUAAAAUGUAAUCUUAAAAUAAGCUUUUGUAAGUCAGUCACAGGUCAACAUUAAGCGAUCAUUCCUCCAGCAUUUCAAUAAAUCAUGGUUGUUUUAUAAAGAUUUUCACUCUACUGUACCUAUUUAAUAUAUUUUUUAAUAUAUCAACUUUCUACAACAGUUUUACUCUAAAUACGAGAGAAGUCUAAUCUCUUUUGUCUUAACUGUUAUCAUGUGAGAGAGACUAAGUCAGAUGUAUUUACAAGUGUCGGUUGUUGAUCAGUUGGUGCACGGAAUUUAUAUAGUCUAUUUUUAAUACUGUAGCUUCGUAUUUUCAAUACCUGUGCCCGUGACGUACUGUGGCAAUAAAAAAGUAUUAAUUUUUACGGAUGGAUUUUUACAUUCAUAGUGUAAUCUAGAUCUUAAGCUGCUGGCAAUAAAGUACAUUAUGCGGUGAAGAGAGUCUAAGUUGUGCUUUUAUGCGCAGCGAAGAUUUAGGGUGCUUCUAUGGUAGUGGCUCUUUUAUGUGAUUGGCUAGACUUUUCUUAUUCUAUAUAUACAUAUAUAUAUCUUAUUACCUCUUUGUAACAGUCAAUUGUAUAGAAGAGCUCUGCUUUGUCACAUCUAGGUGCAUUGCAUAUAAAUGCUUUUUCAAAAUACCCGUUUUUAAUUUUUCCUAUUUUAAUAAUUGUGAUUGGUCGUUUGCAUGACGUAUAUUGAUACUUGAAAGCUAUUGGUCCACGAUGUUACUGAUCCGUGGUCAAUUAACCAAUGAUAGUGCUGCAUUUAUAAUUCGACCUGAUUAUUGGUUACGUGUAUUAGGGUUUUCAAGUGUAGAGAAAUAUAUAAGGAAGAUUUAUAAAAUUUUAAACUAAUAUUAAAUUUGAAAGGUAUUAAAAUUGUUUCUGAGUAAGAUAUUUCUAUAAUCCAUGUAAUACAUUAAGCGUAUUGUUUUGUGCUAUUGUGUUUUAAUUUCGUUGAUUUGUAAUAAAAAUAAAAUUGCAAUACUAUGUGUAUAUGUAAUUAAUUAUAUACAAUGUAAUAGUUUGGCCAAAUAUAAAGCUUAUUUAUUC